AGUCAUUGGUGAAGCAUACAACACAUCAGUGCUAUUAAGAGGAAGAAAAAUAAGAAAUGAUGUUUGAGCAAUGUAGCAAGGUCUCAUUGAAAUUUCAAUGAAAGAAGAACAUCACAGUAGAAGGAGACCCUUCCCCUCUAAGCCUGGAGCUCGUAGAAGGUUCUCGGCAAUCCCUCUUCCUCUAACUCAGGUCACUGGCGGCAAAAUUUGGGCACUGUCUAGGAACCGUGGCAAACGCAACAAGCUCUCUCGGCACUUCGGAGCAAGAAGCAUCAUCCUCCCAUCGCUAAGUCGAUGAGCUUCUUCUUCUCCGGUGCAGCAACCACGAGUCCGAGAUCUGUCUGCUUCUCAGAGCCGACCCAAAUUGCUAGUAAUAAAGGAUCGCACUCCACGGCACCGCCGUCCGCGGUCUCUAUCUGGCUAUCUCCCCGGCUCUCCUCCCCCGCCGCCGACCUCCAUGGACAAGAAAGCCGCCAUGCCCAUGAAGCAGCAGACCGUCGUCCUGUACCCCAGCCCCGGCGUCGGCCACAUCGUCCCCAUGGUGCAUCUCGCCAAGGUCUUCCUCGCUCACGGCUUCGACGUCGCCAUGGUCAUCGCCAAGCCGCCCGCCGGCUCGCCCGACUUCCGCAUCGUCGACGUCGGCGACCUCGCCGCCUCCAACCCGGCCAUCACCUUCCACGUCCUCCCUCCGGUCCCCGACGCCGACCUCGCCGUCCCCGGCAAGCCCCCGUUCCUCCUCACGCUCCAGGUGCUCCGCCGCUACGACGGCGAGCUCGAGCGCUUCCUCCGCUCCAUCCCGCGCCGCCGCCUGCACUCCCUGGUCACCGGCAUGUUCUCCACCAGCGCGGUCGACGUCGGUGCGAGAAUCGGCGUCCCCGUCUACGCGUUCUUCGCCUCGGCCGCCGCCACCCUGGCCGUCGUGGCCCAGAUGCCGGCGCUGCUUGCCGGUAGGCCGGCGGGGCUGAAGGAGCUCGGCGACGCGCCCCUCGAGUUCCUCGGCGUCCCGCCGUUCCCGGCGUCGCAUCUCGUCAGGGAGCUGCUCGAGCACCCGGAGGACGAGCUCUGCAAAACCAUGGUGGACGUCUGGACGCGCAACACGGACGCCGCCGGCGUCCUUGUCAACACGUUCGAGUCGCUGGAGAGCGCGGCCGUGCGGGCGCUGAGGGAUCCCCGGUGCGUCCCCGGCCGGGCGCUGCCACCGAUCUACUGCGUCGGCCCGCUGGUCGGCGGCGACGGCACCGGCUCAGCGGAUCAAGGCAGAGCCGGGGCCGAGAGGCACGAGUGCCUCGCGUGGCUCGACGCGCAGCCGGAGGGCAGCGUCGUGUUCCUCUGCUUCGGCAGCAGAGGCACGCACCCACCGGAACAGCUACGGGAGAUCGCCGGCGGCUUGGACAGAUCUGGGCACCGGUUCUUGUGGUCUGUGCGGACGCCGGCCGGCGCCGGCGACCCGGAGAGUCUUGACGCGUUCCUUCCGGAGGGGUUCUUGGAGCGGACCAAGGGCCGGGGCCUCAUCUUCAGGUCUUGGGCGCCGCAGGUGGAGGUGCUCCGGCACCCGGCAACGGGAGCUUUCGUGACGCACUGCGGGUGGAACUCGACGCUGGAGGCCAUUAAAGAAGGGGUGCCAAUGCUGUGCUGGCCGCUCUACGCAGAGCAGCUGAUGAACAAGGUGUUCAUAACCGAGGACAUGGGCGUCGGGGUGGAGAUGGAGGGGUACAGGGUGGGCUUCGUCAGGACCGAAGAGGUGGAGACGAAGGUGGGGCUGGUGAUGGAGUCCGACGAGGGCAGGGUGAUCAGGGCUCGGGCGGUGGCGCGCAAGAAAGAAGCAGUAGCGGCGCUGGAGGACGGCGGUUCGUCGCGGGCCUCGUUUGCUAGGUUCCUGUUUGAUGUGGAGAAUCUUGAUAAGCAGCUUGGGAAGUGAGAGACGCUUAUUUGGCAUCCAUGUAUUUUCCGAAUUUUCUACUACUCCCUCCGGGUUUUUACGUGUCACGUUAGUUUUGUCCUAAGUCAAACAUGUCCAACUUUCAUCAAGUUUAUAGAAAAAUACAACAACUA